AUGGGUCCUGCAAAUUCACCUCUCUGUCUUGUUACAAUUCCUAUAUGUGGAGACUUCAAUCUCUUGGCCUUUGGCUGGGCUUAUGUAAAUAACUGGCACCAGACAUGGGAGCAGUUCUAUGUUUACUGGAUCUGCCCCUUUGCCGGAGCAAUAUUGGCUGCAUGGGUGUUCCGUCUUCUCUUUCCACCCCCAGUAAAGCAGAAGAAAGCUUGAAAAGGCCGAAGUAUUUCAUAUUACGACAUUUAAAAAACCUUUUCUGCUUCCCUUAAGUACCUUAUUAGAUGCUGUUUCAAAUAUUUUAAGCUUUUAUAUUGUUGAUGUGGUUUUCCGUUCUAGGCAUUGAGAAACAUUACUUCUGUUACUAAAUCUGCUAUUUAAUUUCUGCUUUGCAUUGCCGAACCGCUUUUGCCAAUAUUCAGCAGUGAGACAGGACUAAUAUUAAAGGCUCCUGCCCCUGCACUCAGGUCAUCCUCAAUUCGGUAUGAUAUCUCCAAAUAGAUAAGUGUUUAUCUUGCAUUGGAAGGAGUAGAAAUGACAAGUUGUUUAUCUUGAAUUUACAUGUUUCUGUGACUUGGCUCCAGCAAAACUCCAAGUGCAGUUUGAUAUCAAAUGCUUUCCUAUCUGGUUGAAACGCGGAUAAUGCAAAGAACAAUGGGUAACAAUGAUUAACUUUGUGCUUUGGAUCGAAGAUCUUAAUCCAAAGGGGCAUGGGUUAGUGAUGGACGAGAGGAAGAGUACGAUAUUAACAUUCUCAAGUUUGCUCCAUCUUUUCACUUGUCUGUGACGAAUGUUUUAUGAUUCUAGUUGACUUGGUCGUAUGUAUGCAAAGGAUUGUUUACUAUAAUAACUUUUUCUGAAUUCGCUUUUCGAGAUGAGUAUGCGACAAGAAAGUGGUAUUGAAAUGGAU